AUGUCCAGGUUUCAGGAUCUUGAAGAUUUCUUCAGCCGGCGGCUGCUCGCUGUUGUUAACGGAGACCUCUCAGGACGAUCAGCAACAUCUGUGUAUGAAGAGGAGCUCCAACGGCAAAGAAAACUGCUGAGUGUGAUUUUAAUGCCUGAAAUCAAACUGAAGAGAGCAGGUUAGUUCACCUUCUUCUUCUUCUUCAACAUGAGAAACGAACAAGAGAAAACCACCGAAUAUCAAAACCUGUUGACAAACAGAACAGCAACGUCACUGACCUUUGAAGAUCAAUACUUGUUGACAAACAGAACAGCAACGUCACUUAUCUGUAAUUAUUUCGGUUACAGAAAGGAUGACGUCACCAAGCACCUGUUCUGUGUCGGCAGUGCCUUUCAUCUGUUGCCACAGUAACGUCCCAGCACAAUAAAAGCUAAAAAGAUCUCUGAGACAGACAGAAGCCAUUCUACUUAUAUUUACAAAAACAGGAAGCACAGUCCCCUUUCAAAAUAAGUCUCCCAAUAAUUGCACAGCUUACCAGUAGGACACAGAGCUUCCCUUAGGUUAUGCCGCCUUGCAUCAAAAAGCUUACACCACUUUAGCAAACUAAACUCAUGAAUUCCUUCAAUGUCAACAAUCUUUCAGAAAUCACACAGACCCACAAAUCCUUCAGUUCCGGACCGGACCACGUUUCCGACCGUUCUCUUCUCUAGUUUUAUACCAACUUUAGUAACGACCGCAGGAUAGCAAUACACAGCGGUCUGAGGAGCCAUAAACAAACCUCAACCAAAACGCCACUCUAUAGCCACAAAUAAUGCUCAGAACAGCACCUAACUUCAUCAACAGGACAUAUAGGGUCACAGACAUAGUACUAGACACCAAACAUCUUUUUAACUUUGACUCAUUUCUUUAGCAAAGAGACUAAACACAACUCACCUACUCUCUUCCAGCAGACGCUUGUUUGUAGAGAGACCUCAGGCCAGUCCAUUACAGACUAUUAUUUGUAUUAUUAUUGAGCAUUAUUUGUGGCUAUAGAGUGGCGUUUUGGUUGGGGGCGUGACUCUCUGUAUUUCUAUCCUGCGGUCGUUUCUAAAGUUGGUAUAACUAGAGAAGCAAGCGGUCGACAACAUUCAUCUCUGGAGGGGGGGUCUAACUCUGUGUUACGGUGGGUUUGACCCUAAAUUAAUUUUUAUGCAGAACUAUCCCUUUAAGCUGAGAGGCAACAGAUGAAACUCAAACACGACUUAAAAAAGGCGCGAAUUCAACCCACGUAUUAUUCGUUCACUGGUUUUUCAAAAUAAAACCAAACGUUAAAAACAAGAAAUGACGCUUAUCUAUUUCCUAAACAUGGUUAAGAAAAAAAGGAUACCGACUCGUUUUCCCAAUAUGUUGUGUUCAAAUACAAAAUGGAAAAAUCGGAUAACGACAAAGUUUAUUCAAUUGUUCCACAUCCGACUAGAACAAGCUGCGUGACCCGGAAGUGAUGCUCCGUGUCUUUUUUGUUGAUUGAAUAUCACGGUUGGAAAUAGAUAUCAAACAUAGAAAAAGGACUGUUUUAUUUUUGUUUUAAAAUAGAAACACCAAAAUAAUGAAAUAAAGCUUGAUUUUCUUUUCUGCUGUCUGGAACGAGUAAGGAAAAGUCAAAGAACAGUUCAGUUUCAAUCUUUUACAGAUAAAUAGACACAAAUUGAAAAAGUGCCCUUAUAUUUGUUUGCUACUGGUGGAGGAGAAAUCCAGGUGGUGGCAUGUAGUAAGCAGUUUUAGUAUUUAGGGCCACAGUGAGAAAAUAAUAUUUUCAUACAAAGUCAUAAAAUUACAACAAUAAAGUCAUAAAUUGACAGGAAUAGAGUCAUAAAUAAACAAGAAUAAAAUCAUACAUUUACAGGAAUAAAGUCAUUAUAUCACAAGAAUAAUGUCAUAAAUCCAAAGUUUGUCUCCAACAUAGAAUCCAAGGUUAUCUUGAUGUGUCUUUCUGUACUUUGGUGUUUCCUGCAGAUGUCCAGCAGCUGUCAGUGAUUAAAGAGGAACCUCUUGAGCUCCAGGAGUGGAGCCCUGAUCUAAACCAAAAGGACACCAAGCACAUGCACAUUAAGGAGGAGGAACUCUGGAGCAGUCAGGAGGGAGAGCAGCUUCAAGGGUUUGAGGAGGCUGAGGCCACCAUGUUCCCAUUCACUGUUGCCAUUGUGAAGAGUGAAGAGGAUGAAGAAAAACCUCAGCCUCCACAGCUUCACCCAAAACCAAUUCAAAAGAUGGAAACAGGAGAUGACGGAGAAAUCUGUGGAGUUUCAGAACCAGCUGGAAACUCAAAUCCUGUGAGUGAUAACAGGUCAGAAGACUCCUCUGAGACUGAUGAUGAUGAUGAUUGGAAGGAGACCAGAGAGGAUCAGUCAGGAUUAAACUCUGGGAAAUUAAUGAAAAGAAGAGGACAGAAAACUGUCAUGAAAUCUCACAGCUGCUCUGAUUGUGGUAGAAGCUUCAACUGUCAACGGGCUCUGAAAAUACACAUGGUAGUUCACACAGGAGAGAAACCUUUCAGCUGCUCUGAGUGUGGUAAAAGAUUUUCAUAUAAACAUUAUCUGACCAGACACAUGUUAUUUCACACAGAAGAGAAACCUUUCAGUUGUUCUGAAUGUGGUAAAAGAUUUAGACGAAAACCUGAUCUGGCCAGUCACACGUUAGUUCAUACAGGGGAAAAACCUUUCAGCUGCUCCAAGUGUGGUAGAAGAUUCAAUCGUAAACGGAAUCUGGACAGACACAUGUUAGUUCACACAAGAAAGAAACUUUUCAGCUGCUCUAAAUGUGGUAAAAAGCAUUUUGAUAAAGAUUCUCUAGCCAAUCACAUGUUUAUUUACACAGGAGAGACACCUUUCAGCUGCUCUGAGUGUGGUAAAAGAUAUUGUGAGAAAAGGGAUCUGGCCAAUCACAUGUUAGCUCACACAGAGGAGAAGUCUUACAGCUGCUCUGAGUGCGUGAAAAAAUUUAAAUUUCUAUGGCAACUGAACAGACACAUGUUAGUUCACACAGGAGAGAAACCUUACAGCUGCUCUGAGUGUGAUAAAAAAUAUUUUGAUAAAAACUCUCUGACCAAACACAUGUUAACUCACACAGGGGAGAAACCUUUCAGCUGCUCUGAGUGUGAUAAAAAAUACUUUGAUAUGAGUUCUCUGGCCAAUCACAUGUUAACUCACACAGGAGAGAAACCUUUCAGCUGCUCCGAGUGUGAUAAAAAAUAUCUUUAUAAAAGCUCUCUGGCUAAACACAUGUUCGUUCACACAAGGGAGAAACCUUUCAGCUGCUCUGAGUGUGAUAAAAAAUAUCUUCAUAAAACGUCUCUGGCCAGUCACAUGUUAAAUCACACAGGAGAGAAACCUUUCAACUGCUCUGAGUGCAGUCAGAGAUUCAAAUCUCAACGCACUCUAAAAGUACACAUGUUUGUUCACACUGGGGAGAAACCUUUCAGCUGCUCUGAUUGUAGUAAAAGAUUCACAAAGAGAGUGUAUCUGGCCAAUCACAUGGUAGUUCACACAGGAGAGAAACCUUUCAGCUGCUCUGAGUGUGGGAUAAAAUUUUCAUCGAACCAGAGUAGGAUCAGACACAGAGUAAUUCAUACAGGAGAGAAACCUUUUAGCUGCUCUGAGUGCGGUAAAAGAUUUUCACAAAAACAGCAUCUGACCAGACACAGUGUAGUUCACACAGGGGAGAAACCUUUCAGCUGCUCAGCUGAGUGUUGA